GAAGUAGACGGGCUUUGACUGUAUUAAAACACACCAGCACAAUACAUACAUGACAUUUCGUCAUUAUUCGUGCAGUUUAAAGCCCUAUAUGAAGCGAUGACGUCAUAAUACAAUUCUUUAUACGCACUUCGCGAAAAACUUCCUGGAUUACUCCGCACACGCUCUGAAGCCUCGGUACAGCACAGUAACAUAACAUAUAGUUUGUGUCAGUCGGCCGCCAAAAUGGUUUUCUUUACCUUGUUUUCAGCAACCACCUGGACUUUGCUGGCUCUCUUCUUCACCAUGUUUAUACUGUAUGGCAUUUGGCCAUAUAGGUUUUUCAGAAAACUGGGAAUACCUGGACCAAGACCUUUGCCUUUCAUUGGAACACUUCUAAACUUGAAAAAGGGAAUGAUUUCUUUUGACCGCGAGUGCCAAGCCAAGUAUGGGGACGUCUGGGGGUUGUUUGAUGCACGGUCACCAGUUUUAAUGGUGGCAGACCCUGAGAUUAUUAAAACUGUUAUGGUGAAGGAGUGCUACUCUGUGUUUACCAACCGCAGGGAAAAUAUAAUUCCAGGACCAUUGUCUGAUGCACUUACAGCGGUUAAAGAUGAAAGGUGGAAAAGAAUGCGGAGCACUGUGUCACCGUGCUUCACCAGUGGAAGACUGAAACAGAUUUUUCCGAUUGUUGCUCGCUAUGCGGACCAACUCACAAAAAAACUGGGACAAACCAAUUUGGAUGAACCCGUCGACGUCAAACAAUUUGUGGCACCUUAUAGUUUAGAUGUUGUGACCAGUGCAUCUUUUAGUGUUGAAGCAAACUCCAUAAACAAUCCAGAUGACCCACUUAAUCUUCAUAUCAAGAAGAUUAUCAACUUCAAAAUGUGGCAUUUUAUUUUCAUAAUGAUAUUUCCCUUUGGUGCCAGCCUGAUGAAGCUACUGCAUAUUGACAUUAUGCCCAGACUAAGUGUGGAUUAUUUUUACAAUAUCAUCAAGAGAUUCAAAGACAAUCAUCAUGCAGAGAAAUCUAGUCGAGCAGACUUCCUGCAGGUGAUGGUUCAGAGUGAGAUCCCAGAAACGGAGCUAAAGUGUGAACAAGAUCAGCCAACUAAAGGUUUGACUGAACAGGAGAUCCUUUCCCAGGCCUUCAUUUUCAUCUUUGGUGGCUAUGAUACCACCUCUGUCACUCUCACUUACAUCCUUUACAAUCUGGCCACCAACCCUAAAGAACUGCAGAUCUUGCAUCAAGAAAUUGACGCCAGCCUACCAAGAGAUGCUCCCGUUUCAUACGAGGACCUGAUUGGUCUUCCGUACCUAGACCAGGUUAUUUGUGAGUCACUGCGUUUGAUUCCCACUGCACCUCGGCUUGAGCGGAUGUGCAAAAAAACAGUCACGAUCCAUGGCCUCACCAUCCCUGAAGGAACCCUGGUUGGGAUUCCUGUGCACAUGUUACACAUGGACCCACGCUUUUGGAGCUCACCUGAGCUUUUCAGACCAGAGAGGUUCAGUAAAGACAGUGGGGAUGAGGUGAACCCGUGCACGUACAUGCCGUUUGGGCUCGGUCCUCGUAACUGUGUCGGGAUGCGCUAUGCUGUCCUCACCAUGAAGAUGGUUCUUGUCAGUCUCCUGCAGAGUUACACUUUGGAAACAUGCAAAGAUACUGUGAUUCCGUUGGAGUUGGACUGGCUUUUUCGUCCGAAACAGCCAAUAAAACUCAAGUUUGCUCCCAGACAACAGGAGUCCAAGAGAGCGUCUCAAGAUACAACUUGCCUCUAAAUUAUAAGCUAAUUCCAAUCAAACUCAGAUGUGUUUUAAAAUGUGGCAAAUGCUAACAAGUUGAGAUUUAAAGUUUUUGUGACGUUUGUAAAGUGUUUAUACUACUGACAUUCAUAUACUCAGUACUUAACGCACCUUGAAUAUCUGAUUUAUGUUUAAAAAACACAAAAACUUUUUCUUUAUCUUUUUAUGGUAGGCUACAGACAUUCAUUUAAUUUGAUGGUGUAAACAACAACUCACCUCAACACUCAUCAAUUAUUAAAGAAAAUAUAUAUUACAGAUUUGUGACUACAAAAAGGACAAUACCUGCGUAACUCCUAAUUUUUUUUUUUUUAAGGUUUCUUGCAUCACAACAGACACUAUACCAGUCAUUUUCCCAAUGUAUCAAUGUAGAGGAUUUUGAUGCAAAAAUAUUAUCUAUACACACGAGCUUUCUAAUCUAAUACUACAACAACAUAAACAUAAAUCACGACUUAAAACUCACUUUUCUUCAUUGGCCUUUAAACCUGCUUGAGAGUUGUAUUCUGCAUUUUCAUUUUCUAGUUUGUUACUUGUUUUAAAUGUUUAUUUUUGUUACUUGUGUGUUUAGAAUCUGUCCGAAAUCAUGUUAAUGUCCAGCACUUUGGUCAACCUGGUUGUUUUAAAUGUGCUUUACAAAUAAAGUUGGAUUGGAUUAGAUUGGAACAUAA